AUGUUUCGCGCGCAGCAGAACCAAUUUGACGAUGCCGUCGCUAAGGCGACGGACGAGAAUCUGACCUCCGAGAACUGGGAAUUUAUUCUGGAUGUCUGUGACAAAGUUGGCUCAGAGGAAUCAGGUGCGAAAGAGGCCGUGGCUGCGAUGAUCAAAAGACUGGCUCACCGAAAUGCCAACGUCCAGCUCUAUACAUUGGAGCUUGGAAAUUCGUUGUCGCAAAACUGCGGGUUGAAGAUCCAUCGCGAGUUAGCUUCGAGAAGCUUUACUGAUGCGCUACUACGCUUGGCGAACGAUCGUAAUACGCAUCAACAAGUUAAGUCUAAAAUUCUGGAGCGCAUGGAAGAAUGGACUGAGAUGUUCGCAUCCAACCCGGAUUUUGGCAUCAUGGAACAGGCAUACAUGAAAUUAAAAACAACGAACCCGAAUCUGCAGCCACCGUCGAAACCUGGAAAGCGUGAGAUCACCGAUGUUGAUCGUCAGAUGGAAGAAGAGGAAUUGCAGAUGGCCCUAGCCCUGUCUAUUAAGGAUAAAGCAACCCCGGCGGCUGCUGCCGCGGCAGCACCUCGAGCCCAGGCUUCGUCUGCUGCUGUUGCAUCGGCAUCGGCUCCCACAAAUCAAGAGGAGCCCACCGAGACUCAACCUGCUCUCUCAGGUACAUCAGUAGCUACCGUGUCGCGCGUGAGAGCAUUGUUCGACUUCCAACCGUCUGAGCCAGGAGAGCUUCAAUUCCGCAAAGGCGAUACUAUUGCAGUUCUGGAGUCUGUCUACAAGGAUUGGUGGAAGGGCUCCCUGAGAGGACAAACCGGCAUUUUCCCUCUCAACUAUGUGGAGAAACUCCCAGAUCCCACUGUCGAUGAGCUGCAGCGGGAGGCUCAAAUGGAAGCGGACGUCUUUGGGCAGAUCAAGAGUGUCGAGAAGCUUCUGACUCUACUGAGCACCCGUAAUACAGACCUCAAUGUUCAAGAAAACGAAGAGAUUACUACACUCUAUCAAGCUACGCUUGCGAUUCGUCCAAAGCUCAUCGAAUUGAUUGGGAAAUAUUCGCAGAAGAAAGAUGAAUUCACCCAGCUCAAUGAAAAGUUCAUCAAAGCUCGUCGCGAUUACGAGUCCCUCCUUGAGGCAUCGCUAGGCCACCCGGCACAGCCUCAAUAUGGACGACCUGCCCAGCCACAGUACGGUUAUCCUAGUGCUGCGCCUGCCGGGUACCCCUCUGCUCCUCAGGCAGAUCCCCGAUACUACACUCCCCGGCCUCAAGACACCCCGCCAACCCAGGCGAAUGCAUACGCACCAUACCCCGCCAGCGAGCAGGCCAUGCCAUACCGCCCAGCCUCUCACUCCCCUGAUCCUCGUCUCCAGGCCCAGGCCGGCCCGUCACAGCAGCCACCCCACGCCGACCCCUACCAACCUGUUAGCCACCGUCCGCAAUCUACAUACGAUCAUCCCCAAGAACUGAGCACCUCUGUCUACGAUUCACCUGUCGAUCACCCUGCUCCUGGCCAGCGCAUGCCGUAUCCCCCAACUGCUCAAGCUCCGCCUGCUGCCCACCCGCAAUUCCAACAGCAGCAGCAGCAGCAGCAGCAGCAGCAGCAAGACUACUCGCCCUCGGUAUACCCCGCUGAAGAGACAGCUCAGAUCCCGCCUGCCUCCAGUGUGCCCCAAAUCCCGCAUCAGUUCCAGCAACAGCAACAACAGCAACAAGCUCCGUAUCCCGACUCUCCCGGUUCCCAUCAACCCCCUCCAUCGCACCAGCCUCCGCCGGUACCUGGGGCAGCGCAGCAGCCACAGUAUACCUCCUACAACCCGGCACCACCGGCCGCAAGCACGGGCGAGUACCAGGCGUACCAGCCUCCACAGGGUGGAGCUGGCUCGAAUCCAGCUUCUUUUUAUCGCCAUGACGAAAAGGAGAAGCUUAAUCUUCGACUUCACACCAUGAUAGAUUCCCUGUCUACGGAAAUUCUGUUGACCGUUCUGGAAUGUUUAUCCCCGCUUGAUCUCCUUUCCGCUUCCAGAGCCUCGGCAACCUUAUACCGCACCUUCGCCGCCUACAAACAACAUCUUCUCAAACAUACUCUCCGUCAGGCCAUCCACCCGGCAUGUAGAGCGGACGUCUAUACCGCGCUGGACGCCCAAAAUAUUCCCCAGCUUAUCAAGUCGGGCGAAAAAAUUGUCAAAGUCAAGGCUGAAUGUUUUUCGCUCUUUGCCACCGACCGCACUCGUCGGCGUCAGAAUGUCAAACAGUUUAGCGUGGAUAAUGCGAACCUCGAUACGUUGUUUUCUCUCCAUGUCAAUAUUGAACGCUUGAUCGAUAGCUAUUGUCAGUGGUCACUGGGCAAUUUGAUCUCGCACCAUGAAAAACCGACACAGUUCCAAACGACAACCGUCCACCCAAGAGCAAAUCUAUCAUCUACUGAACACGCCCGUCUUCAACGGGCGUUCUAUCGAUGCGAAAUCUAUGCGAGAUUCCAGCGUGUCUUACACCUCCUCACCGACAAAAGCGCGGCUCUAAAUUUCUCUCAGAUUGUUUUGAGCUUCGUCUCGCAAUUCACCCUCUAUGAAUUCGAAGAGAUCAUCAGCGUACGACAAUUUCUCGCUCAGUUCAUUAGAUCGCUCUGCGAAAGAGUCGAGGAUGGUUUCAUGGCUUCGUAUUCCCUCACUGGCUCUGUCGGCGCGGGCGUCGAGGAAGAAGCUUCGGGAGAUGCAAUAUCAACUAAAGAUCAAGAUCCUGGUGACGUUUCCUUCUUCACAAAGUCAUACCGAGACAACCACCAUUUGGACCAUGUGAAAUUUCUUAUAUCAUGUGGUUUACCAUACCUCCUACGUCUGAGUCUCAUGGAACUGCCAGCCCUCAAACACGCCAUGCUAGAGUCAUACGUGGAGUCGCAGAAGAACACCGUCAAUGACUUCUUUUUCCAGGGUGGACUAGACAUCGAAUCGUGUGACGAGAAACAGAAAGACAUUGUCCUUAGGGGUAAACUGGUUUCCAUUUCCCGGGAUGAAGUUGGCAGUUGCAACCUAGGCUGGAAAUGGGGUACCAGCUUCCACGGCUUUGUCAAGCCCGACGCUCCCGCUAUGUUCGAUUUGCGGAACCAGGGCUAUGUCUUCUGGGAUCAAGAGCGGCUGACGGAAUCAGGUCUUAUAAAUGAGCCAUUUGUGGUUCACGUUGGGACAAAUUAUUUUCCUUCUGGUCACAAGGGUCCGUUUCUGAGGCCUAGUGUCGAGGAGAGGCUUGGUGGCUUAUGGGUGGAUGCUGAGGCCUCGAAGAAAGUGGAAGAUGAAUAG